AAAAGAUUACGUUUACGCAGAAGGUAGCACGAAUACUCUUUGCGGAACUGAUUUCUACACAAUGUUUCAGACGAGUACAAAUAUUUAACGCACUGUUGUCACGUUGGGGGUCAAGCUAAAACGGUGGAAGGAUGAGCUUGUAGUGUUCUCAAAAUGUCAAGUUUCUCUAGAUCUGCCCAGCAAUGGGCCACAUUUGCUCGCUCGUGGUUCCUGAUCGACGCCAGGUUGCAGCCUCCAGGGAAAAUAGCCACCAUGUGCUCUAUCAGGCUCAAAGGGAAGCACAAACCUAUUUAUCAUGCAAUCAGCGAUUGUGGUGACCAUGUGGUGGUAAUCAACAGCAAACACAUCGCCUUCUCUGGAAACAAAUGGGAGCAGAAAGUCUACUCGUCACACACGGGUUAUCCUGGGGGCUUCAAACAAGUCACGGCUGCGCAGCUCCAUCAGAAAGACCCCAAAGCGAUCGUGAAGCUCGCCGUGUACGGCAUGCUGCCGAAGAACCUGGACCGGCGUACCAUGAUGCAGCGCUUGCACAUCUUUCCUGAAGACGAGCUGCCCGAAGACAUCCGAGCCAACCUGACGGAGGAGCUGCCCCAGCCCAGGAAAAUCCCCAGGAAGCUCAGCGAGUACACGCAGGAGGAGAUCGACGCCUACCCCCGGCUCUGGACGCCACCUCAAGACUUCAAGAUAGAGUGAAACCGCAACGGAGGCUGCUGUGGAUUUUCACGUCAACGCCAUCUUUGCAGUUUUACAUCCAAUUCUCCUGUUACGUUGAACAGUUUUGUUUCUCUUGACAUUUGUUGCAGACAUCCUUUUAAAAAUGAGAUGAGUAAAACUGCUAAUUUGCUAACAGUAGACUUUUUGCAUCAAUUGUAAAAUAGGCUAUUAAACAAUUUAAAACUACUGUUUUUUUACACAGUAUGAACAUUUUCUGUGUAACAUUCACAAUCCAAAGAACAGUUGUCUCAGAGAUUUAUUGGUUAUAAAAGCAAACAAAAUAAAUACUUUCAUGCGAUGAGACAC